GUGUGAGGGGAGGACACAGCCAGCUGUUUUCUGUCGGCCAACUCUUCCCGCAGCCCCUUUAAAGAGCCUCCCCCUGCCCCUCCUCCUCCCAUAGCCCCGGUGCACACAGCAGCCACGUCACCGCCAGCUGGGGAGUCCCUGGCAUCGAUCCUCUCCGGGCACCGCUGCCAGCCGCACACCGGGCACCCCUCAUCCCUCAGCCGGGACCCUCAGGCUUCUAUCCGGGACAUCACUUCCUGAAAGAUGAACGUGUUCCGGAUUUUGGGGGAUCUGUCCCAUCUCUUGGCCAUUAUCAUCCUGCUGAUGAAGAUGUGGAAGACCAAGUCCUGUGCGGGUAUAUCAGGGAAAAGUCAACUAUUGUUCGCUCUCGUAUUCACCACACGCUACUUGGAUUUGCUGACAACAUUUAUAUCCGUCUAUAACACAGUGAUGAAGAUCAUAUUCCUGCUUUGUGCCUAUGUCACGAUUUAUCUGAUCUACAUAAGGUUUCGAAAGACGUACGACAGUGAGAACGAUACCUUCAGACUGGAGUUCCUCUUGGUGCCGGUUAUUGGGCUCUCCUUCUUGGAAAACUAUGAAUUUACACCUCUGGAGAUUCUUUGGACUUUUUCAAUUUACCUGGAGUCCGUGGCCAUUUUGCCCCAGCUCUUUAUGAUCAGUAAGACGGGAGAAGCCGAGUCUAUCACCACACACUACCUCUUCUUCUUGGGCUUAUAUCGUGUGCUCUACUUGGCCAACUGGAUCUGGCGUUACCACACGGAGAAAUUCUAUGACCAGAUAGCUGUUGUCUCAGGAGUGGUGCAGACUAUCUUCUACUUUGACUUUUUCUACCUCUACGUCACUAAAGUUCUUCGUGGCAAGAAGCUCAGUCUCCCGAUGCCCGUUUAAUACCUGACUCCAGGACCCAAACCGACUGACCUGAUGGAACAAGCUAUGGAUUAAGGACAGGACAGCUUCACUCCAAAUUCACACUAUGAGCUCCAUUCUUCCAUAAUGGGGUGGUGACUGUAUACUUGGUUUUUAUAUUUUUGACUUUUUUUUCUCCUAAUAAUAAACUAUAUUUGGGGUACACACCUGUAAAUAUCUUUGUACAAAUAAAUGAACCAACCAUGCUCUGUAGACGAACGGUUUACGUUUUUUAUGGUUGAUUGUAAACUUAACCUGUAAGUGUAACUAUAGUGUCGCUGCGGCAUCAGGACACACUUGUAAAGCUCUGGGCACCUCUGUGGCCCGCUGCCUACGACAUUGUCAGGAAUGUUACGCAAGUCUUUGGGACUGCUGGAAGAUCCCUAGACCACUCGCUUUUGCAGCCGCCUGUGGAGUUGCUGGGGUAACCUGGUG